AUGAAGUUUAAAGACACGAUCCUGAGUAUUGCCUUCUUCUCCCAGGCAGGUAUUGGAAUUCUAGGGAAUUCCUUCCUCAUUUGUCUCUUGAUUUUUGUGUUUCUCAGUGGACCUAGGAUGAGGCCUAUAGACACUAUUGUCAUUCAGUUGGCCUUGGUCAACUGCUUGGUGCUUCUCUUGAAGGGCAUCCCUCAGACAAUGACAGCUUUGGGUCUCAUGAAUUUCCUAGGUGAAAAUGGCUGUAAAAUUAUUUUCUACCUUCACAAAGUAGCUCGGGACCUUUCACUCAGCAUGACCUGCUUCCUGAGUGGCUUUCAGACCAUCACUAUCAGCCCCAACAAUUCCAAUUGGGCAGAGCUUAAAGUCAGAGCCCAAAAAUACCUCAUUCACUCUAGUCUCUUCUGUUGGACUUUUCAUCUGCUUUUUUCCAGCUAUAUUCCUUGGGGAAUUAAGGGACCAAGGCAAAACAGAAACAUCACUAAGAUACAGAAUCAUGGAUAUUGUUCUUAUAAAAUUCCCUCUGCAUUUCAUGCCUCAUUAGUUGCAACCUUUCUCUCCUUUCUUGAUGCUAUGUAUUUGGGACUUAUGGUCUCUGCCAGUGGCUACAUGGUGAUUGUCCUGUAUAGGCAUCACAAGCAAGUCCAGCAAAUUCACAUUACCUGCCUGUCCUGCAGAGCCUUCCCCGAGACCAGGGCUACCAUAACUAUCCUACUCCUCGUGAGCACCUUUAUCUCCUCUUACUUACUCAAUUGCAUUGUGACAGCAUAUAUAUUGUUUAUAAAGUCCCCACUCUGGUUGAUGCAUACCUCUGCUUUCCCAACUUCAUGUUUCCCGGCUGCUAGCCCCUAUGUGCUGAUCAGCAGUGACUCAGAAGUUCCCAGGUACUUCUAUACUCUUUGUGGGAAGAAAACCUUACAUUUUAACCUGGAUAAAAGCUUGAUAUUCUCUGCCCAGGAUGACUUGCUGAAAGCUUCAGUUAGAGGAAAGCAAUCACCAUAUCAAAUGAUACCUGGAUUAGACCCUAAAAAUUAG